AUGGGUGCUAACAAGAAGUAUAUUUCGUCUGAUGAAUUGAAGAAACAUAACAAAUCUGAUGAUUUGUGGAUUUCAAUUCAGGAGAAGGUUUACAACGUGACAGAUUGGGCUAAGGAACACCCAGGUGGGGAUGUUCCACUGCUGAAUUUGGCUGGCCACGAUGUAACUGAUGCAUUCAUUGCUUUUCAUCCAGGUACUGCCUGGAAAUAUCUUGACAGAUUCUUUACUGGGUAUUAUUUAGGCGAUUUUAAGGUUUCUGAGGUUUCUAGGGAUUUUAGGAAGCUUCAUUCUGAGUUUUCGAAAGCAGGGAUGUUUGAAAAGAAGGGCCAUGGAGUGAUUUAUUCCCUAUGUUUUGUUGCGUUGUUACUUUUCACUUGUGUUUAUGGUGUAUUGUGUUGCGAUGGUUUCUGGAUCCAUAUGUUUUCUGGAGGAUUGCUGGGGUUUCUGUGGAUGCAAGUCGCUUAUUUGGGUCAUGAUUCGGGUCAUUAUCAGAUUAUGACGACCCGUGGAUUCAAUAAAUUUGCGCAAAUUCUCUCUGGCAAUUGCUUAACUGGAAUCAGUAUUGCUUGGUGGAAAUGGACUCAUAAUGCUCAUCAUAUUUCUUGCAAUAGCCUUGACUAUGAUCCCGAUCUUCAACACUUGCCAAUGUUGGCAGUCUCUUCAAAGUUAUUUCACUCGUUGACAUCCCAGUUUUAUGGGUCAAUCUUUAUCUGCAGACACUCUUUUCAACAUAUCCAAUUCACUCUAAACCAUUUCGCAGCAAAUGUUUAUGUAGGAGCACCCAAAGGGGAUGAUUGGUUCGAGAAACAAACAAGUGGAACAAUAGACAUCGAUUGCUCAUCUUGGAUGGACUGGUUUUUUGGUGGAUUACAAUUCCAGCUAGAACAUCAUUUGUUCCCGAGGCUUCCAAGGUGCCACUUGAGAAAUAUUUCUCCUGUGGUUCGGGAACUAUGCAAGAAACACAAUUUGCCUUAUCGGAGCUUGUCCUUCUUCGAGGCCAAUGUGUGGACCCUAAGGACACUCAGGACUGCUGCCUUGGAGGCUCGGGAUUUCUCCAAUCCCAUUCCAAAGAAUUUGCUCUGGGAAGCUGUUAACACUCAUGGAUGA